CUCUGAGACUAUAAGCGUUGACUUAUUUCCGUUUCUUACGUAGGUAUAUAGAUACGUACAACAAUAAAGAUUAUUCAAGGCAAGAUAAACAACAAUUUGGAGUUUGAUACUUACAGAAUGUCUCUUUUUCGCCAAAUAUCCAGAGUAAAUAGACUCCAAUUAUUAUCGGGAUGCAUGAGAUCAAUAUCCUCGAGUUCGGAGCCUUUGUUGGACCUCUCCGUGGAUGGCCAGGGGAUAGCUGUGCUAACAUUGCAGCGGCCGCCCGUAAAUAGUCUCAAUUUGGAACUACUUCAACAGAUAAGUCAAUCAUUUGAUGAUUUGGCUGCACAGAAUUGUAAAGGAAUGGUUGUCACUUCAAGCUUACCUACCGUGUUCUCAGCUGGUUUAGAUAUAAAGGAACUGUAUAAGCCUGACAUUAAGAGGUUAAAUUUGUUUUGGUCCAAUUUUCAUAAUGUAGCAUUGAAAUUUUUCACCUCCGAAUUUCCUACGGCUACUGCUAUUAAUGGUCAUACACCAGCAGGUGCAUAUGCUCUUGCUAUGCUCUCGGAAUAUAGAGUAACCGCGAAAGGUAAUUUUACCAUUGGUUUCAACGACACUGCACUUGGUAUAGUGCCAUCUACCUGGAUUAUUGAACUAAUGCGCCACACAAUGAACUCAAGACGAGCGGAGCUGGCCGCGACAGCAUCUACAAUGUUCUCUCCAAGUGACGCGCUGAAGGAGGGACUUGUUGAUGAUAUAGCCGAUGACAAAGCCGAGGCUAUUGAAAAAUGUAAACAAUUUAUAAAGAAAUUUAAUAAUAUACCAAAGUGGACACAUUCUGAAACCCUGCGGAAGACAAGAAGUAUACCACUCGAAACGCUUAAAAAGUUUUUAGCCGAAAACCCCAAUCAAAUGACGGAAUCGGUCAUGAAAAAAGACACUCAGGAUUCAUUAGGAGUCUAUAUUGAAAUGAUGAACCAAAGAAAACGACAGAAGACCACUUAACACAAUUAACACAGUUGUAAAUACAAUUAAGUAAUACAUUUCAUACGAUAAUUCUUUGUUUUUGUAUUAAAUUAGGUAAGUUUUGGGGUAA